GCUCCGCUUCUUCCAGGAGCUUGGGUCGCAAAGGGCCCUGACGCUGACGAUAGGGCUCGCUCGAUUUAGACCAUUCCGCUAAGUGGUAGCUCAGAUCGGAGCCGGCUUUCACUCUCCCUCCAGCUCCACCACCUCUAACUUGAUGCCGCUGGUCAACUACUCUGAUUCCGAGGACGAGAGCAAUGGCACCCCAGCAGACACCCAGCUUCAAAAGAGGACGGGUGCGUUGAAGCGCACGCGGGAUGAGACUGAAGCUUCUUCAGAGCUCCCGCCACUUCCCUCAGCCUUCCACGACCUCUACACCACUGACACGCGUCGCUCCACGCGUGACGACUCCAGUCUUCAUGGCGGCCGGAAGCGUGCAAUCCCACACAAAGAAGGCAAUUGGAUAACCCACGUCUAUCUAGAGUGGCACCCCACACUCACAGAAUCCACCACGCUCAGCACUCUCAUCAGCCUCGUCCAAAAGGCCGAACACGCACAACAACCAUUCAAUAGCGACCCCCAAAUCCACUCCUCCCUUCUCUCACCCCUUGGCACGCCUCUACCUCUCCACAUCUCCCUCUCACGCUCGCUCGUCCUCGUCGCACGGCAACGCGAACCCCUUCUCGCGACUCUAAACACCAACAUCCGCAAAGCCGCCGUCCGCCCCUUCGACAUCGAAGCGACAACCCUGAAAUGGGUCCCCAACUACGAGCGCACGCGGUGGUUCCUGGUGCUUGGCCUCGCGCGGCCCGAGGGUGAUGAGCUGAAUAAGUUGCUGGAUGCUUGCAACGUGACCGCGGUCGAGUUUGGGCAGCCGGAACUUUACUCCGGAUCUGGUAGCAAUGAGGACAGCAAGGACGAGAUCGAAAAGGUGGAAGGACGGAAGCACAAGAAGAAGAGGAGACGUUCUAGGCGCUCUACUAGCUCAACAAAGGUCGAUGUUCUCCAGGGCCGGUCGGAAGCUUUUCAUAUUAGCAUAGCGUGGACCCUGGAAGACCCGGGCACUGUGUAUACAGAAUUGCUGCAAAGUCCGGACGUGGAGGCGUUUUUGGAGAAGGAAGUUAGGGCCAUGCAGGUGCGAUUUGAGGGCGUGAAGGUCAAGAUUGGGAAUGCGGUCUGUGUGGUACCUCUGGCCAGAAAGGUAGACGAUUCCCACGGGAUGCUGGGGCUUUGA